AUGAAGCUCUGCAACAUUGCCGCCAUAGCAUUUUUUGUGCGCCCUUGUUUUGGUCGGACCAGCGACGAAGAAAUUCAUCUUCAAUGGUCACUGUGUGAUCGCGAUGGAGAAGCCGUAUUGGCAAAGCUUGGUGAAGAAGUUCGUGCACCUUACAAGCGGAACCCAAUCACUUAUUUCGAUACGAUGCCUCCAACACACGCACAGCAGGGUGUAAUGUUCCGUACAAAGACCAAUAAAGGAAAGCCCUUCUCCGUUAUAAAAGUCCGUUUCGACGAAAAGCCAGGCCGUACACCUCCUGGAGCAGACUGCGUCUGGGAUCGAUAUGGCGACAAUGUUCCAUACACUUGCGGAGCACGAUAUCACUUGAGCGAAAAGACAGAGGAGCUUUGGAGCGACGAUCAAGUCCGCUUCGCCGAAAAGUACGACGACAUCGACUGGGAUGGUCUCGUGCCCUACGGGCCCUUUCCUGAUGGAAAAUGGAAGCUGAAGAUUCUGGGACACAAAGCGAAACUGGAUGACGUGGUGGCUGAUAAACUCCACCUGAUGGAGAUUGAGCUGUCAACUCCUAAGGUUGGUUCUGAGGAAGUUUACAGCGAGGUUACGGAGUAUCUGAGAGAGCAUGGGGUGUUGCUAUGCGAUCCCCAGGAGUCAAAGACAUUGCACUUGUUUCGCGAUAUGGGAUACAUUGAUGAUAAUGAUGAUGAUUUGGCAGUCGAGGAACUUUAA